AUCUGUGCACUCGUCAGCCAGCACAGUGUACAGUUAGUGACCUACCUAGCGGUGUUCCACGUAAUAAUUGUUAAGAUUCCAAAUCCGAUUUAAAAGCAAUUCGAACUGUGAUCAUGUUGGGCGCCGUCAAGUGGUUAUUUCUUUCCAGUUUAAUUUCGUUGGUAGCACUGCAAUCGGCCGACGAAAGAAGUUUCCGGCAGCCUGAGGCUGAAGACAGGACGAUUCUGGAUUGGAUAGGUCUCGGGACAGGACCGGACACUGACCCCUAUCUCGCUAAAACAAAUGCGGCGUGUCUUGAAGGAGAUCUCGCGGAAUGUUUCAAAUCGAGAGCGCUGGCGUCGCUUGAUGACUUUUUCAAUAAACCUCAAUAUUCUCUCACUGAACAUGUCAGGAUUUUACGAAUGCCUCAAACGCAGUUGAGACAACUGAACCAUGAACCUUAUGAAUAUUCCUCAGUACCGAGAGCUGACGAGCCUGAAUGGGACCAACUUGUAAAAUUUGGUUUGAGAAAAAUUGAAAAAUUCCUCAAAUCUUCGGCCAUUGAAGUACAGUUUGAUAACGAAGUUACCGAAAGCGGUCGAUAUGCACCAAGAUUUAUCGAUGAAAUUGCCGACGAAAUCGACGUCAUCGAAGACAAAAAAGACUCACUUUUCAAGCGCAAGCAAUUAAAGAAAUUAUUCAUUCCGAUGCUGAUCAUUUUGAAACUUUUUAAGUUAAAACUGUUGCUGUUUCUGCCUUUGAUUCUGGGUCUGGCUUCGUUUAAGAAACUGCUGGGUUUCUUAGCUAUCGUCAUUCCGGGUUUAAUUGGUUUCUUCAAGCUUUGCAAGCCUAAUCUACAAUCAAGUAAUUACUAUACGGGACCUCAUUAUUCUCCAGCUGGAGUAGGAUAUCCGGGGCAUUUCAGAGGUGAAGCUGAAUACUCGAAUAAUGCACAAUAUGGUGCCGUUCAUUUCGGUGAUGAUAAUAAUGCCCAACAUUUGGCAUAUAAUGGAUGGAGUCAUUACAGAAAUAAUGGAGGGGAUAUUAAAGCGGAAGAAACUACCUCAAAGAAAUCUAUUUUACCAGACUCGUAACAUGUAUAUAAUUUUUAAAUUUAGUUUGUAAAUAUUUAUGCCAUAAUUUAUGUAAAAAUGUAAAUAAAAUCAAAUUU